UAAGGGUGACAUUAAUUUUUUUUGUUGCAAUGUAAAUUGAACAUGUUCUUACAAAUGUCACAUUAAUUUCCUGUCAAUAUUUGAGAGUUUCUUUCGCAUUCAACUUAAAACGACUUUAAGUCUGUUCGUUCGUACUUCCAUACCAUCAGAUGGGUAACAAGGCAAAUCGCGCCCCUCGCAGAAAGAGGCUGAAUAAUUAUAAGAACCUAUUACGGAAAAUUAACAACACCGCGGUGACGGAAAACAAUAAAGUUUCAACGGAUGAAACUGUUGGACGUACUGUUGUGGUAGAUGUUGUUUCGAUUCUAAAUUCCGUUUCUGACACAGAACACAAGACGUCGACGUUGACAACUGUAACUAAUGUACACGAUACACAGGAUCCAUUAUUUGUGAUAAAGUCGGAGGAGGAACCUCCGUUAAUUUUUGAUAAACAAUUGGAUGAAUUACCCAUCGGCGAUAACUCUCAAGGUAUCUCAAAUGCAUCGGCCGGAUCAAUCACAACGAUGCUAAAAAUUGAACCGAUCUCAAGUGAAGCCGUGAUAGGAGAUCCUUCAGUGCCCACUGAAUUCAAAAAUAUGUGCAGGCUCUGUAUGGUGAAAGAUGAGGGCCAUUGGAUCGAAAUAUUUUCGAAGGAACCGUUUGAUGGCUGUGAUGAAAUUACACCCUCGAAUAUAACGGAAAUUAUCGAACAAUCCACCACUGUCAGGAUAUCCAGUAACGAUAAUUUGCCGAACAAACUUUGUGAACAAUGUUUUUUGAGCCUACGGUUCGUACACAAAUUUCGAGAGAAGUCCAUACGCUCACAAAGCUCUCUCAGUUCAAUGGUAAAUGACUCAAGCCAACGGUUGUGCAAGGAAAAUGAACAAGAUCAAGUGGUCGUCAACACUGCGAGCUCACAGCCAAUGAAAAAACUGAUCAAAGUCAUUCGUCUGAAGCCUUUACCGAAGUCAUUCCUGAACGCGAAACGGAAUCCAACCACCUACCGCCCUGCUAGACAAAUCGUUAAUGUAGAAAAGGACGAAAAGAUUACAGGUGACGUACAAUGUGAGUUCUGCGGAAAGAUAUUUGAAGAAAGCCAAUCGUUGCAGUAUCACCUGAACAGACAUAAUGAUGUGAAACCAUUUACUUGUACAGAGCCAUUUUGUGAUAAGAGCUUCUACUCGCCAAUGAACCGCAAAAGUCAUAUUCUCAACGUCCAUUGCAUCGAUCCGCAAUUCAAAUGCGACAUUUGCGAAAAAGCUUACACAAAAGCGGAAAAAUUGAAAAUCCAUCGAACCAUACAUUUUCCUCCGACGAUACCAUGUAAAAUCUGUGGGAAGCUACUAAGAAGCCGAUCAUCGGUGUACAAACACCAAAAGAGCCAUACCGAGCGAAUGUUCCAUUGCGACGACUGUGGAAAGCGAUUUCAAAAUGCGUAUACUCUGCGGGUACAUCGUCGAGUCCAUACGAUGGAAAAACCAUUUAUUUGUUGUAAAUGUGGCGAGGCCUUUGCUUAUAACUGUUUGUUGAAGGCUCACACCGAGAGAAAACAUUCGGACUAAAGGAAAUGUUGUAUUUGGACGCUAUGUGACCUGCCACUGUUUCAUUGAUUGAAACCUCCUCCAAUAAAUUUUGUUUGAAUU